AAGUCUCGCGAUACUUUGAGCCGAGGCCUACCCCUGGGCGCCAACGCUGAUCACCUGGUCCCGAGGGGGCCCCGUGCGUUCUACCCCCUCUCGGGGGUCUGCUGUCAUUCCUAGGGGUCCCAGGACCCCCACCGCUUCGCUCCCCACUCGCAGACCCCCCCCCCCUCUACCUCACGUCUUGAUCAUCUCAGAACCCGGCGUGCUUCGCUAAGCGGGAUUACUGUGGCGGGUGUACCAAUAUCGGGUCUCGGGACCCCCUCCACUCAUCUCUCUGCCUUCCCAAGGGCUCUCAGGAACCCCCCGGAGUCUCUUUAAGUUUCCUCUCAGGGGGGGCCUCGGGUGUUUCGGCCCCUCUUACCCCCUCUUAGGACCCCGGUCCGCACGGUGGGGGUGCUCGCCAUGUCCACGGCGAUGUUGUUCGACUUCACGGAGAGCAGGAAAGCGCUCACGAUCUCGGCAUGGGAGUCUCUGAAGAACAAGAGCACCGACGUGAUCGUGGCGGCUUUCGGACAGCUGAACGGCAGUGAGCUGGAAAAACGGAGCGCACUGGACCAGGCUGUCAGAGACGUCCUCAAGGAGUUGAUCGUGAGGCAAAGCGACUGCAAGGAUGUCCUGGCGGUUAUCUCACUCAGCAUUGACAGCGUCACGGCAGGCGUGUGCUCGGCGUCCACUCCGUUCCUGCUGCUGGGAGAUCUUCUGGACGGCCUCCCGCUCGACCAGUGCGACCACAUCUUCACUUUCGUGGAGCAAAACGUCGGCACCUGGAAGGCGAGCACGUUCUACUCUGCCGGCAAAAACUACCUCCUGCGUAUGUGCAAUGACCUGCUCCGCCGCCUGUCCAAGUCACAGAACACCGUGUUCUGCGGACGCAUCCAGCUCUUCCUCGCGCGGCUCUUUCCUCUCUCGGAAAAGUCAGGUCUGAACCUGCAGAGUCAAUUCAACCUGGAGAAUGUGACUGUGUUCAACACCAACGAGACGGAGAGCACGCUGUGUCUCAAGGUGAAGGGCCGUGGCUGUGGGCCCGACACGCGCAGGGUCAAGGGAGAGCUGACGGACGAUCGUGAUGACACGGUGGACAUCGAGGAGGGAGAAAUGGGAGAGGACGAUAUCGUUACCACGAGCUCCGUGCCAAUCGACUACAACCUCUACCGCAAGUUCUGGUCCCUGCAGGACUUCUUCCGCUGCCCCUUGCAGUGCUACGACCGCCUGCAGUGGAGGACCUUCUCCAAGUUCUCGGAGGAGGUGCUCACCGUGUUCAAGAGCUUCAAGCUGGACGACGCGCAUGCCAGUAGCCGCGUCCACGGCGCCGGCGCCGUCUCCCGUGCGCACGGGGAGCACGCUUAUUUCGCCAAGUUCCUCACCAGCGAGAAGCUGAUGGACCUGCAGCUGAGCGACAGCAACUUCCGGCGCCAUGUCCUGCUGCAGCAUCUGCUGCUGUUUCAGUACCUAAAGGGUCAGGUGAAGUUCAAAAGCUCUACGAGUGUGCUUACUGACGAGCAGUCGCUGUGGAUCGAGGACACCAUCAAGCACGUCUUCCAGCUGCUAAAGGAGACUCCUCCCGAGGGUGACAAGUUCUCAAAGGCCAUCGAGCACAUUCUGGCGCGAGAGGAGAACUGGAUCACGUGGAAGAACGAGGGCUGUCCCAGCUUCGUGAAGGAGAGACCGGCAGAAACACGGCCCCAUCGCCCCCGCAAGAGGGCAGCUCCUGAAGACUUCUUGGGCAAGGGGUCCCACAAGAAGAUCCUCAUGGGCAGCGACGAGUUGACCCGGCUGUGGAACUUGUGUCCCGACAACAUGGAGGCCUGCAAAGCGGAGAGCAGGGAGUUCCUGCCGUCACUGGAGGAGUUCUUCGACGAGGCGAUCGAGCAGGCGGACCCCGAGAGCAUGGUGGACCGCGAGUACAAGGUGGUGAACGACUCCAACUACGGGUGGCGCGCGCUGCGUCUGCUCUCCCGCCGGAGCCCUCACUUCUUCCAGCCGACCAAUCAGCAGUUCCGCAGCUUGCCCGAGUACCUGGAGAACAUCGUGACGCGGCUUGCCAGGGAGAUGCCUCCUCCGUCAGAGGAAAUCAAGACCGAGGAUGAGCAAGAUAACGAUGACGGGCUGCUCAAGGACGGAGACAGCCCCGAGGGCGCCGCACGCGCCGUGACGUCGCGGCACCUGGAGGCGUGCGCUCUGCUGGUGGGCGCGCGUUGGCGAGCGCUCGUGCAGCACCUGCAGAGCGGCGGCGACGACGACGAGGAGGAGGACGGAGAGGGCGGGGCGAAGGCCGGCAGCGCAUCCGGACGCGGGGAGGACGAGGACGAUGACGAGGAAGGGGCCCUGGAGGCGCUGCUCGCGUGGCAGGAGAGGGAAGGCCCCCGCGCUACUGUGGAGGCCCUGCACACCGCCAUCAGCGCCAUCGGCUUCUCGCCGCCGUCUGACGGCUCGGAGCCCGACACAGAGGGGGACAGGGAUUGAGGGCGGUGGUCGGAGCUGCGGGUGGGGGUAGCGCUGCCCGUGACCGGCUUCUCACGCUGACCCCUGAUCUUUGGCCUGACCAAGAACCUGACCCUGAGGUGUUAUUGGGAAGGCCGUGUGAGAAGCCCAGUUGUUAACGGGGCCUUGUCUCGAGGGCUUAGUUGGUAGCGCCAGCCGGGCGUAACUUUGACCCUCUGCCUUAGCCUGACGCAGAACCUGAUGUCUAAGGCUCUGGGGAAAGAUGGGAGUGAAGGGGGACGGAUUGAGGGCGGUAGAGAAGAUGGAGCAGGCUGACCUUGACCCUUAUCUCACCUCGAACCUGACCCUGACGUCAUCUAGGAAGGCUAUAGGGAGAGCUGGGAUGUAUCGGAGCCAUUGGCUCGAGGUGUUGAUGGUUGGUCUUGACCCUAAUUACGAUACUGGAACGUUGUCGAGAUGUUGUUGACUUCCUGAUGAGCAGGGACAGCCGGCUCCUGCUUUGGGGCCAUGGCUUGAGGCAGGGGUCGCAACCGGGUACCCGAUACCCGUACCCUACCCGAUACCCGGCUACCCGUUUCCCGGCCGGGUACGGGUACCCGUUUGCGACCCUGGUGCGCCCGGGCACGGGUACGGGUAAGGAAUCAAAACCCGUUUGCGACCUCUGGCUUGAGGUGUUUCGCUGUAGUAGGGCGCGUAUGUGGGAAUGUAGCGCCCCCUUGUGAGCAGAUGAGAGGAAACGUCACUUGAACAGAUCUCAGAAACAGCUGGCCGAUCUCCACUUCGACUGCUGUUUCCACUGCUGCUGCUCUGCAUGUGGAUGGGGUUUUUCAUCGUUCAAUGACGUGACUAAAACGCUGGGGCCUUGGCCGCGAUAGGGACCUUUGAACAUGGCCCUGACCUCACCCUAGAUUGUUGUAGACGUGUUACUCUACCCAAGCAGGGACAGCCAGAGUCCUGGGUGCAACGGCCUUAGCCUUUCAAGGCCGUUUACUCCUUCCACCAUGUUCACAAUUCAUCAGGCAGCCAGACCUAAAAGGUCCCAACUCGUUGCCAUUAUUAGUUUUUAAGAAGUAAGUCCGUCCUUGGUGGAAAUUAGCAAAGGGAGCAGCAAUCGUAUCUGUUGAACAGUCCCUUGUAGAAAUUCCAUGUUCUUGUGGCCAGCACCAUUCUAGCAAAGAGAACCAAUCGCUGUUGGCUUCCCACAAAGCAGGACAUACUUUAUAACGGUGGUGAUAAGUAUGAUGAAGGGUUUGAGUGCCUCACCGUCUACGACUUACGGUAACACAAUGUAAGCUCUGUCGUCCUGGCCUCGAAGCAAGGGCGCUUUCGCGGGUCAUGUAGCGAUGUUUUGUUGUUGAAGUUAGCAGCUGUCCUGUGAAUUUUUUUUAUUUCCCACAGAUCAUUUUAACAAAAAUCUCGCCCAUACCAGCAGCGUGGUUGGGGACACAUCAAUAAACUUUUGGUAGUUUAUUGUUUUGUACCAUCUUUCCAGAGAUGGCUGCACAAUGAUAAUAAACUCACUUAAUCCAGCCACCACACGUCACUCUCGGCACAAAUCCUAAUUUGUGUACGGAUGAGAUUUUGUGACGUUAUCAAGUUUUUUUUUUCCAAGACCAACCAAUCAGGGGGGUGCACUGCCCCCCCCCCCAAAUUGUUCGCAGAGCAGAGAAGACGCGCUCUGCUGGGGUUUUGUGAUUCUACUCUACAGUACAGUACCCACGUCCUCCUUGGUACGUUUGACAUGCAACUGUUUGAAGAGAAUGUUUUAAUAAAAAAAACUUUGUUUUUAAGAGUUUGA